CAAAAUAUCAGUCCUGGUUUCACCCGGUGCUCACAGCCGGCGUACAGGCGCUUUACUUCGAAAACAUUAUGGCGUCGAGAAGAACGACAAUGGCGCAAAGUAGUUUUAAAAAUGCCUCGACUGACGCAAAAAGUGCUAAUAAAUCCAACAACAGUGGAACUGGAAAGAAAACUGUCAAACCAAGUGGGACCAUCGUCAAGUCUCGAUAUCUACAGUCUGUAGAGAAGACAUCUCUUUCAAAGAGUAACUCACUGACCAGUGAGUCGUUUGCUGUGCCACUGCGGCCUUCCUCACCCAAACCCAGUGAUGUCAGACCAAACGUGGGCACUCCACCGAGACGAUCGAUGGCCCCACAGGCUCUUGCAGCAUCAAUGGUGUCACGUGAAACUGAACCAUCACUUCUUGGGAAAAGCAUCCUGCAGUCCACUUUCUCAGACGGUCACUGCUUCCGACCAGAGUUUGAUAUUUCAGUCAUUAAAGACAAAACGGUGAUUGAAACUGCAGCAGAGCCUGAGAAAAAUCCUGAGACUGAGAAGAGAGUUAUUGAGAUGCAGACAGUUAUUCUGGCCUACCUCACAGCUAAGAUGGAGAGCAAUACCGCAAAGUUCAAGGCUAAGGCAGAAGCCAUGAUUAUGCAAGAGAUGGAGAAAGAGACUUUACUGCAUAAUGAGGUCAUGGAGAAGAAGCGCCGGUACCUUCUUGCUGAAAAGAAGAGACUGGUGAAUGAGCUGUUGGAUUUGCAGCUUGCUACUUUGACUCCUGUGGCAGAGGCUGCCAGUCAGUUCACAAACGACUACAAGUCUUUGGCAACAGCUGUUGACACCACCCGACACGAGCUGCCUGUCCAGGAUUUCUACAUUGAAGGGGACAGAAAGGAAUUUCUAGGUAAAGCUGUGGCUUGCCUCAAGGAGAGUGAGAAAUUGCUGGCGGAGUGCACAGAAGGAGAUUAUAAGGACAACAUCGCAUCUCUGGAGUGCCUUAGGAACAUGAAAUUGACAUCAAAGGACAUUAUUCACCAGAUUUCAGGUGCUUCUUCUGAGCUGCUUGAGCUGUCAUCAUUGGCCUGUCGUCACAAAAUUUAUGAUCAGCUAGCCAUGGAGGAAGAGGAACUUGGCCAUUCAAGAACCCGUGAACUUUUCUGCCCCAAACAGUGAAGACUACCACACAGCAUGAGAUCCACCAUAUACAGUGCACUUUGGAGACCCCUUUCCUCCCCUUAAUUUGUCUUUGUGUACUUCCUGAUAACUUUUGCAUUUUUAUUAUGUAAAAUUGUACCGUUGAAUGAUUACUGAUAACAUUUAUAGAUGGAACAUUGUUAUUAAAUGGAACAAAAAUGUUCA